GUCCACUUGUUGGUUGAACCAACUAGCAAAAUAUCGAUUAGUUAUCAAAAACUAGUUUUAAAUAACUAACAACAACUCAAACUGAGAGAGAAAGAGAGACAACAACAACAACAAAAAAGUCAAAAGCCUCUUGUUUUGUUCUUCUUCUCUUGUUCCUUCUUUUCCAAUCCUCGUUUUUUCCUAGUCAAAUUCAGAAAACGCGUAAGCUCUCUUUCUCCUUAAGAAGGUUUUAUUAAUGGAUGAUCAGAGAAAUCGUGCUAAUGAUUAUCAUAAUAAUGAUCACCAUCAUCAACAUCAUCUUGGUGUGAACAAGAUGGGAAAAAACAUUCGUAAAGAUGCAUCAAACCAGCAAAAUCAACAACAAAACCCUCAAGCUUUGGUUUACAACAUCAACAAAACCGAUUUCAGAUCAAUCGUUCAACAGUUAACCGGACUCGGUUCAACUUCUUCCGUCAAUCCUCCUCCGCAAGCGAACCCACCAAAACCUCCAAAUUCACGGCUGGUUAAAGUUAGACCUGCUCCGUUGACCCAAGUCAACCAUCCUCCACUUCAACCUCCCGUUCAAUCUGUUCCUAUCGCUUCUGAACCGGUUCAGCCUGUUAACCAAUUUUCGGGUAACCCAGCCGAAUCGCCCAUCUCGGCUUAUAUGCGUUACCUAAUCGAAUCAAGCCCUGGGGGAAACCGGUCUCAGCCACAAAACCAAAAUCCGGUUCAACCAUCAACCGGAUUAUUUCCUUCACAUCAAACCGGUCCUAAUCCAGUACCAUUUCAAUCUCCAGCUUCACAGUUUGUUUUGUCACCUCCACCAAGGUCGCCGUUUCCGUUGUUUUCACCUAAUUUUGCAUUCUCGCCACGGUUUUUAGGUGGUAGUGAAUCGAUGCCACCACCAUCACCGGGCUUUUUCUUUCCGUUGCUUAGUCCAUUAUGGAAAAAUCAAUAGCUUAAUUAGUAGAAGUGUAUUUAAUAAUCCUUUCAUCAAUCAAGUGUUCCUAAGUUGUAAGCACUAAUGUAAUAUGUACUAGCUAGAGACCUAUAUCAAAAUGACUAUAUAAAAUGUCUUAUAAUUAUGUUAUUAUUAUAAAA